AAUAACAAACAAAAAACGAUCAAAUGUCAAACGACGCUGAAAAAUGAUUAAUAGAUUCUUUUAUUGUGGUUUUAAUAGCUUUUAGUGAUAGAGAAAUAAAAUGUCUCAGGACGCCAAGAGUCCUCGCAAAGUUGAGGACUUAAUAUCGACUGGAGAAGACACUCUAGGCUCUUCCAUAAGCCUUAGUAUUGGAGAAAAUUCAAUUAGAAUUAAGGAAAAGCCGAAAAUAAAAGAAAUAAAAGCUGUGUCAGUGCAAUGUAACAAAAAUGAGGGAGACAAAUGGUGGUUGAAAAGGCCUGAAACACGUUUAGGACUAUCAAGUCCAAAAAAUGUAGAAGUUGAAGUAAAACCGAAACCGACUCCAUCACCAGAUGUAAGCUCUUCUAUGGCAGAGUUUCUUGAAAAAGAAAAAUUGUGCAAAACAUUGUCCAAAAGCGAGGGAGAAAUUAGAGACAAUGACCACACUCUGUGUGAUAUUCUUGCAUCUGCUGCAUUUGACAAAUACCCAUCAGACUUUGAAAAUGCCACCGAUGAUGAUAUUGGUAGCAUUUUGGAAGAAAUGAGUAAGAUUGCUGGGGCACUGAGUCCAAAUUCUGCUCCCGAAUGCACAAAGUCUGGAGAGAAUAGUAAGAAUCCUACAGAAGAGGAACGUUCGGUGGAAGAGCUAUUGCAGGAGGCUGAAAAGUUGGUGCAAAAAAAUAGUUCCAGUAUCUCCAAGAGCAAUUCAAAGUCUGAUACUUUGAUACCGGAUGACAAUCGAGAUCCUAAUAACAGUCUUGUACGUGUUAGGCAGCUAGAAGAUGAUAUUUUUCAAAUGAUACAGGCUGAAGUUCAUAAAGAGUCAGAAAAAGUUCGACGAAGCCCCAAGUAUGACCAAAAACAAGAGACGAGUCCAGGUCUUGGGAUAGUUUAUGAAAAUUUAAAUGUAUUGAAGGUUCCAAAAACGUUGGAGUUGCAGAGACAGAAAUUUGAGGAUCAGAAAGUCGAAGUAUCUAGUAGUUCAGAUUUAGAUGACCCUAUUGAACGGCAUUCGCAAUCCGAAGAUUCUAAGAGCAAAAAAAAGGUCGAAGAUAAAGAUAACCUGCAGAAAGAAAUAACUGACGUUGAUAAGGAUUUUUUUGGUAAUUUUUUGAAGAAGUCAAAGGAAAGGUCUGAAGGUGGUGGUAUAUCUAGUAGCUCAAGCUUCGGGCAAGAAGAUUUUUCCCAUUUUUUGAAAAUCUUACAAGGACAGAACGAUAAAAAAGAACAGGAGACCACAACAAAUCAUUCGAAUUUGAAGAGUACUUCUGUUCUCAAUUUACCACUUAAACCAGGGGCUCUAAUACUAGAAAAAUCUAGAAUUGAAAUUGAACUGGCCAGUUUAAAAAGUCCUGCUUUUCCUGAGAAAGAGAUAUCUGAGAUUUUAAGGAGAGAGCUUCCUGGGACUGAAAACAAAUACAUUGAUCAUGAAAUAAGUGAAUCUGAUUCCAGUUCGAGCAGAGAAAUGUCCAGGCAAUCUCAAUUGUCUGGAAAAAAGGAGGCAACGUUUUCUAGAAACUCUAGCACAGAGAGGAUCAAAAGGUCUGAAAAUAAUGCAAAAGACUCGGUUCUUUCUAGAAAUUCAAGUGUAGAUAGCGGGGUGUCGAAUGGUAGUAAGAAAGAUGCAAAAGUCGUUAAUUCCAAGAACGAAUUAUAUACUGUUGGUCUUACACCUAGGUUGGAAUUAUUCGCUGAUGCCAUACCAAAAUUGAUUGCAGAAAAGUCAAAUGAGAAUUUGAGAAAACAGGAACAGGAGAAAAUGGAAAAGGAAAAGGAGAAGGAAAAAGACACGGAAAAGUCGAAUAAAGAUAUUGAAAUUCUUUGCCAGGAUAACCAAGAUGAAACAAUGGGUAUAGGUGGUUCCAUAAUUAACAGCAAAGAGAAGAAAACUUAUAACAAUGAUCAAUCAAAAACUGCAGAGAAAGUUACGGAUGAUAAAGACAAACUGAGAAAAGUAGACAUGCAAAAAAACAUAUUGGAUCCUCCGAAGACUGACCGUGAAUUCCACUCUUCAAACAACAGAAAUCAGAAGAGUGAAAUCAAGAUUACUAAGUCCAAAAGUUACGACCAGCUCCCCAAAUCGAUUUCUAAUUUCAAAUUAUCAAUCGAUGCUACAAAAACUGCUAAGCCCGUUGAAACCUCACAUAAACCAUCAAAUUCUGCCCUCAAGAGUUCCCCAGUUCCGCGACCAAAAUUUCAUUCGAAGCCUGUUUCCAAAUUUACAUCAAAAGUUAAAUUAUCGUCAAAACCAAAGAAAGACAUACCAAAAUCAAAUACCAUAUCAUCAUUGAAUCUCAAUAACAGAAAGUUGGAUUCUAAAUCAGUUGAAAAUAUAAUGAAACAUAAUUUAGCGGGAGGAGAUAUGAACAGGAACUUGUCAAAAAGUGAUUGGGAAACAUUAUGUAAAGAAGAACGUCAUAAGAAUGUUUUACUCAAAGAACAAUUAGACUCCGAAGCAAAACUCUACAAAGCACAAAUUGAAGGGAUGCGUACAUCUUUCGAAGAGGAACUAUUUGCUCUAAAAAAGCAUAAUAUUAUUCUGAAGGCCAAAGUCGAUGAAUUAUCAAUUAAUGAAAAGAGACCUGAUCUUAAUCCUAAAUCAGAUACCAAAGUCUUGAUGUUAGAGAGAGAAUUUGAAAAACAAGAAAGUGUGUUGCAAGCUUAUGAAUCAGAGAAUAAAAAGCUCAUGCUUGAAGUGAAACAUUACCAGGAAGAAAUAAAGAACCUACAUCUCAAGCAAAAGGCCGUUACCGUGGAUAUGAAUGAAAAUCAAAAGUUGAUCGAUGAAAUGAAAGAUUUGCAAGAACAAAAUUUAAAGUUGGCACUCGAAGUAUCAGAUUUGCGAAGUAAAAAUAACGACUAUGCAAUGAAGAAUGAUGAUUUAAUCCAACAGAGUAGUUUAGUAAAAGAAGAGUUGUCCAUGUUCAAAGAGCAGUUAAAAACUAAAAACAAUUACAUUACUGAUCAGCUACAGACAAUGACAAAAUCCGAAUCUAGUUUGAAAAAAGAAUUGGAGGAUAUUAAGGUAGAAUUAAAUUCGAAAUCUGAACAAUUGAGGUCGACGAAAAUUGAAUUUGAUAAGUUACAGAAUAAUAUUUUGCCCAUGGAGAAAGAAAUCUUGGAGCUCAGGGUGAAAGAAAGUAAUCUCAAUGAAAAAUUGCAAGUGGCAAAGUCGCAUAUUGAAAGGGAGAAGCAAUUAUCCCAGAAACUGAAGGACCAGGUUAUUCUGGAUAACAAAAAAAUAACAGAUUUGAAUAGACAGGUCCGUGAAAUGGAGAGAAUUUUGAAAAGAAAAAACCCUGACUCCGUCUCUGCCUUAAUUUUAACUGCCAACUCCGAACAUGAAAGGAUAAACACAGAAAAAGUCAAACUUCUGGAGGAGAGGAUAGCUUCUCUGGAAAGAGAAAUUAAAGUUAAAGAAGAUGUAGCUCAAGAGAAACUUUCAGAUUUUCAGAAGAAAUUCGCUGAAAUGAAAGAACGUUACAUGACUCAGGUGAUGGAAUUGGAGGAAAAGUUGUUGGAAUUUACUGUAAAGAAUCAGAGACUUUACAAUGAUAUGUUUACGCAAACAACAUCUAAGCAUGUAGAAAACAAAAGCGUCGAGACAUCUAAACGAGAGGACAAAGAAAGACUAUCACUUGUUGAAAAAGAUGAAAAGAAAGAAGUAAAGCCCAUGAAGGUUGGGCCAAAAUCUCAAAACGUCAAAGAGGACACGCAUCUGAUUGCAACAAUUCGCGGAUUGAAGUUAGAACUUUCUAACAAAGAUAAAACAGUUUUAAAACUUACCAAAGAUUUUCAGGAAUUACAAAAAACUAACAGACGAUUACAAAAGGAACGUGAAAAGUUACUGAAUGAUAAGAAAUCUUUCCGAAACAGUGAUUUCGAUAAACUGACUCGAAGUACAGGAUCAGAAUCACGACCCACUAGUUCAAAAGCAUCAGAUGUGAAUGACCAAAACUCAAAUUUUUAUCCAAACGCCAAUCUGACUCAUUCUAAUUCAAAUCAAAAAUUAUCAGGAUCCAUGCACAAGUUGUACAAUCCGUUGCAGUACUCCGAAAACACCGAAAAUUAUAUGAUGAAAAAGUUGAUCGACGAAAACGAAAUAUUGAAAGAAGAAUUGGAUAAAAUAAACAAAGACUUUAUGGCUCUCAAAAAUAAGAGACUACACGACUUGAAUCUCUUGCAGGAGGAGCAUGAAAGAGAAAUGGCUGCUUUGGUCAAAGAAUAUAGUGUAAAAUUUGGAGAAUCUAAAGUGGUAAAGUUACAGGGUCAAAUAAACACUCAGAUGGCAAUAAUAUCUCACUUGAAGCAGCAAAUUGAAAAACUAAGGGAUUACAAGGAGCAAGUAAUCGUAUUAAAGACAGAGAGGGAUCACUUGGAAAACAAAGUGAAAACCCUUAGUGAGAAAGUACAAUAUCUCUCGACGCCAGGUACAGAACAGUUGCAACUUUUACAAGAUAAGAUUACAAUCUUACAACAGCGACACGAAAGCAGAGAAAUGACUUUGCAAACGUUAGUUAGAGAUCUUUUGAGAACGAGGACACAAUGCAGAGAUUGCAAGGGUGAAAAGGGUAAAAAUAAACAGUUAUGUUACUUUAGGCAAGAGUUAGAUCACAUUCUUGGUAUGCUGCAAGAAAUCGCUAAUGUGUACUGAGAAAAAUGUUGGAUUUCAUCGGCAUUUCAGAGUACACUUGACGUUACUAUGUAACUAUGUAUACUAGCCACUUGGAAAAGCAUCGCCAUAUUGUUAUACAUAAUCAACUUCUCUCAUGAUGAAAAUCGAUUUGAACGAAUUAGGUUAGACAUCAGGAAGUAAUAUUUAUUACUGCCUGUAAAAAACAAUCGUCCAGUUAUUGAUACUAGGCAAAUAUAUAUCCGAAAUAGGAUCGAUACCGUAAAUUUUAAAAUUUAGUCAACAUUAAAAUAAAACGAGAGGAAAAUUAAUUAGGUAGCCAUCUUUUUUGUAUGGUUGAUAAGAUUAUUUUUCUAUCUUUCGAUGACGAAUUAAAUUAGAUAGUUAAAGAUGUAGCUGUAUUGGAAUUAGUCAUGGUUUCUCAUGCCUUUGGUAUUCAACGGUAUUGCUCGGUGCCUGAAUUAACUUUUACAAAUUUAUUGAUUGUUUUAUUUCAUUUUAUACAAUUAUUUUUUGCAACGAUAAUUUCAAUUUUUUAUUGAAUUAGCCAUGGAUUUUAGUCGAAAGAGCAAACCAGCCAUAUUUUGCCAAUCUAGUAUAUAGAAAGUCACAAGAAAUAUUGACCGAACUGAGGAUUUUUAAGUAUUUAAUAUUUUCUUCUUGAGAAUUCCAUUUCUUGUGUACGUAGAUAAGUUUUUUCAUCUGUGGAUCAUGUGUUAGAAAUCUAGAAUAAUUUCAUCAACGAACGCGUAACGUGCAGGUUUAGAGCCUAGUAUGUAAUUCAUAAUUUUUUUCCCCGUUCAUAUACAUAUACAAUUUGAAUUGUAUCUUUGUGUGUAAAACUUAACAUAGAUUGAAUUAAAUUUGCAGUGCUAGAGUAAUGCGAAAUACUUGCCAAAAUUAACUUCGACCAUAUAGGUACAUACGCGAUCUUUACAAUUCUAUGGUUAUUAUAUAUUCGAAUUCCAAGAAAUUGUGAUAAACGAGUUUUCCAAUUUGCACAGUAUGCCAGUUGUAAUUUGAAGAAGACUAGCAUCAUAGUAAUAAUCUAUUGAUGUUCCUUAUAACAAGCUUUCCUACUAUUUCUUCCAGAAAUUUCGGGAUAAAGUUUUUUAUAGGAUUUUUUCGAUUACGAUGUAUAUAAAUUAGGAAUUACUAAUCGUAAACGUAAAUAAUAAUUGGAUAAUUCUGUUCCAAGAUAAACGCGGUACCCUCCAAUUUUUGCAGACUUCCUUCGUUAAAAAAUGUUGAAUAUUAUCAUCAAAUAGUAAACUUCGAUUAUUUUAUUUCUCUGCGGAUGGAUUUCUCCUCAUUUUUACUUUGUAAUGUUUGUUUUUUCGUCACUUUGGGAGCGUUUCGCUUAAUUUAGUGUAUUCGCGAAAAGUAUUUUACUCACUUCUGUUCUAGAUUUGAAAUUGGAACUUUCAGGUUUUCUGGUUAGCUUUAUUUCGGUGUUUUUUUUUUUUUUUGUCUCUGAAAAUUUUACGACGAAUUUGUAAGCUUUAAGUUUUGACUGGAAACCAUUUUCAAAUUCAAAAAAUUCUGUCGGUGGAUUAUAAAGUUUGAGGUUGAAAAAUUCUAUAAUUGACGGAUAAUUGACCGUUUGACUUACAGAACGAAGCUGGAUAGGAAUGAAAUUAUUCACUUAUAAUAGCGAUAGUGAUAAUAAUAAUUGAAUAUAUUUGCAGCAGCGAUGACAUAAGCGUAGAGUCUGUAAUAUGUUUAAGCACAAAUUUGAUCUCCGAAAAAUAUAUCUGACAUUGAUAUUUGUAGUAUAUGCGGCAUAAUCUCAACGUGUAUUAAUUAUGUCGCAUAAAUAUUUAUUUUCUACUAUUUUUAAGAUGAAGUAAUGUACAAAUUAAUUUAUCUUCAACUAUUAUUUAAGUUGUAAUAAAAAAAAGAUUCCGUUAUUAGAGU